AAUGUCUUACACACAAUGCCAUAUCUGUGUGAAAUUUUCUUCAACAAAUUAUGAUUUGCAGAGUUAAUUAGAUGGUGAUGUAGUUUUUAUUGUCUGAAAGAGAAGAUGGAAUUAGUGAGCAACCAUAGCUUCUUGGACGUGCAUGGUAGGAUUGCUGACAAGCGAACAACGGGAGGAUGGAAGGCCUCAUCCUUUAUCAUAGGGAACGAGGUGACGGAGAGGUUGGCGUUCUUUGCAAUUGCAGCGAACAUGGUGUCUUAUUUAGUUUAUGUAAGGAGUGAAUCUCUUCCCGACGCUGUCACUCACGUUACUGGUUGGAUUGGAGCUGCUUAUGUGCCUACCCUCUUCGGAGCCUUUCUAGCUGAUGCUUACUUGGGUCACUUCAGAACCAUCUUACUUUUCUCCGCCAUUUAUGCUGCAGGGAUGAUUUUGCUGACAUUUUCAGCUUCCCAGACUACUAUAUGGCGACACUGCGGCUUUACGGCAUGCGAAGCAGCGACCAAAGGUCAAACCUUUUUCAUAUAUUGUGCACUUGCACUCAUUGCCUUAGGUACGGGUGGAAUCAAGCCCUGCAUCUCCUCCUUCGGGGCUCAUCAAUUUGACGACGCAGACCACAAAGAAGUUCAGAUGAAACCUUUAUUCUUCGACUGUUUCUUUGUCGCCAUUAACGUCGGUGCCAUUUUUGGAAUUACGCUAUUGGUUUACGCACAACAAACUGUUGGGUUUCGCUGGGGUUUUGGAUUAUCCGCAGCCGCCGCCAUUUGUUCUAUCCUUAUCGUAGUUGCCGGUGUCCCUUAUUACCGUUUCAAAAAGCCAAUGGGAAGCCCUUUCACUAGGUUUCUUCAGGUUGUGGUAGCUUCCACCAGGAAUCAUCUCAACGGGGUUUAUCUUACAAAUCAUGAAACUCCUCUCUUUGAGGUUCAAACAACGGAGUCCGAUGUCGUUGGCUCAACCAAGCUUCCUCACACCCCACAAUAUAGGUUUUUUGACAAAGCAGCGGUUAUGGUAAAUGCUGAAGACAAAAGCAACCGGUGGCGCAUAUGCACGGUGACACAAGUAGAAGAGUUCAAAGCCUUCAUUCGAGUCCUUCCGGUGUGGGCUUCCACCAUCGCUCUCUCUCUGUCCUACGCUCAACCCUUAACCUUCUUCCUAGGCCAAGCCAAUAUCAUGGACCGAACACUUGGUGUCAGCUUCGUAAUUCCCACAGGUUCUGUCCCUGUCUUCGGCGCCAUCACUCUCAUCCUCCUACCCAUCUACGAGAAACUCAUUGUCCCCUUUCUCCGCAACCUCACCGGCCACCACCGCGGCAUCACAUCGCUGCAGAGAAUAGGGGUAGGGCUGUUCGUCUCGGUGUUCGCCACGGCUUCCGCGGCGUUGGUCGAAAUGAAAAGACGGAACUACUACUCCGUGCAGUUAAGCAUGAGCGUGUUCUGGUUGCUCCCUCAGUUUUUGCUAAUGGGCAGUGCUGAAGUUUUCACCUACGUGGGGCAGUGGGAGUUUUUCUACGAUGAAGCCACGGAUGGGACAAGGAGCAUUAUCAGUGCGAUGUGUCUGUGUGGGAUUGGGAUCGGGAACUGGUUGAGCACUGCGCUGGUGAAGAUCAUUGAAGCUGCGAGUGGUGGACAAGACAAAGGGUGGUUGAGGGACAACCUUAAUGAGAGUAGGUUGGACAACUUUUACUGGGUUUUAACGGCUAUUAAUGGAGUCAAUUUUUUGGUUUACCUGGUUGUGGCGCAUUGUCACAGAGGGAAUGGAGCACUUGUUAUGGAUGAGGCCAUGGCUGAUGAUGAAUUCACCAAUCCCAAAUACUCACAACCAUGAAGGGGAAU